AUGAGCCUCGCGGGUUUCAGACGCGCCGUCUCCAACAAUUUGAAUACUCUGAUAAAGUCGUCUUAUCAAAGACCAUCCAUCGGUAAGUUUUUUCGAUUGCUUGCUCUUUUCAACGUUUAGGUUUUUUGAGUGACAGCCGACGAGUGACGCGUUCAUAAGUGUCACGUGCUUGAUCAGGAGCUUGGAGUCUUAUAAUCUGCAAAAAUAGUUCAUCACAUUCAAUUAAUUUUAGCGCCAAGUUUUGCCGGAAAUAUUAAUUUUUCUCAAUUUUAAAGAACAAUAUUAUUUUAGGUAAUAAAAUUAUUAAAAAAACUAAUUGUUUUUGAUAAGAACUAGUGCAUUGCGUUUAUUUAUUUGUCUUCCUAUUUACUAAAGCUUUUCAGUUUAAUCCGAUAUGUUUUUCGACUAAAUUUAUAUUAUACUUGACAUCUGAUACCUAAAUUUUAUAAUCUUUCUAAAUGUGUUAAUUUAUGUUUUCAGGUAGGUACUUACACCUUCAGACAUCCAGAAUGAGCAAGCAUAUCCCAUCACUUGUGGCGCGAGAGAGCAAGCCGAGCAUCUGGUAAGUUGAUCUUGAUCCGUUGAUUGUUUUCGAAUUUUAGGGUGGAAUUCACAACUCUAGCGGCCGAAUGCAAGGCUGUGAACCUCGGACAGGUAUGGAGGAAUGUUUUGAAGAUUGCUUCUUGGCUGAAAUUCGUUUAGUUGGAAACAUCUUAAUAAAUUUUUGAUAGAGAGGCUAGUGCAAUAUAAAAUUUAACCGGAAUCCUUUCUGAAAUUGUUGAUUUAGGGAUUUCCUGACUCUCCAAUGCCGGAAUUCAUGGGAGAAAUCCUUAAAGACGUCUCCGAACACCCAGAAAGAACUGAUUGGCAUCAAUAUACCCGUGGCUAUGGGCAUCCCCGACUAGUCAAAGUCCUCGCCGAAUUCUAUUCGAAGCUUUUGGGAGUGAAUAUCAAAGCAAACGAAGAGAUUCUAAUCACUGUCGGAGCUUAUUUGUCAUUAUAUUACAGUAUGCUGGGAUGGUUAAAUCCUGGUGAUGAAGUGAUCAGUAAGUGGUUUAAAAUUUUUUUUUGUUGAAAUUUAGAUCAAUUGGAGGAUGUUCAACCUAUGAUGGGGCUUUUUUUCAGUCUUCGAGCCAGCGUACGACUCGUAUGUGCCUCAGGUGAAGAUGGCGGGAGCUGUUCCAAUCGCCAUUGCUCUUGAUCUGCCCGAAAAUCCAAAAACUUCAGCGGAUUAUGCUGUCAAUUUUGAGAAGAUUCGAGCGCGAAUCACCGACAAAACGAAGAUGAUCAUCUUGAACAACCCCAACAACCCAUCCGGCAAGCUGUAUACUCGCGCCGAGCUCGAGGGAAUCGCCCGCAUCGCCGAGGAAUUUGAUCUGUUGGUGGUGGCGGACGAGGUCUACGAAUGGCACAUCUUCCCCGGCUCGGAGAUGGUCCGUUUCGCGAGUCUGCCCAACAUGUACGAGCGCACGAUUACCAUCGGCAGCGCGGGCAAGGCCUUCUCCGCCACCGGCUGGAAGCUGGGAUGGUCCAUGGGACCGGCCAGGCUUCUCGAGCCGUUAAAAGCGAUCCAUCAAAACUGCGUUUUCACCUGCCCAACCCCAACUCAAGAAGGCGUCGCGAGGGCCUUUGAACGCGAGCUCAAAUUGUACAAUCAGGGCAAUAGAAAGGACUCGUAUUUGUUCACCAAGAUGGCAGAGGAAUUGCUGCCGAAAAGGAAUCGGAUAGCCGAGAAUUUGAGGAACGCCGGAAUGAACCCCAUCUUACCCGAGGCGGGCUACUUUAUCAUCGCGGAUAUGGAUCAUAUAGGUAAAAUUGGGGGAGAUUUGUGGGUUGGAUUGAUUUUAAGAUGGUUGUAGGAGGUUCUGAGAGAAUUUGGCUAGUUUGGGAUGAAAAAGAAUUAAAAAUUUUGGAGCCGAUCUUCUCCUUGAUGGUCAAGGUGAAGAAAAUUGGGUUUUUGGGGAAAAUAUGGAGUUUUUAGCGGGUUUCAUGGAUUCGAAAUUGGUCAUGAGUAAUUUUGAGAAUAUUUGGCUAGUUUGGGAUAUAAAAGAAUUAAAAAUUUUGGAGCCGAUCUUCUCCUUGAUGGUCAAGGUGAAGAAAAUUGGAUUUUUUUGGUAAAAUACGGAUGAUUUUGUGGUGUGGAUUGUUUUUAAAGUUGGUAAGAAAGUUCUGAGAAUGAUUUAUUAGUUUAGGACAAAAAAGAAUUAAAAAAUUUGGAGCCGAUGUUGAUCUUGAUGGAUAAAGUGAAGAAAAAUUGGAUUUUUGGAUAAAAUAUGGAGUUUUUAGUGGGUUUGAUGGAUUCAAAAUGGGUUAUUGAGGAUUUUGAGAAUAUUUGACUAGUUUGGGAACAUAACCAAGUGAAAAAUUUGGGACCAACCACCAUCUUCAUCUAGAUCGUCAAGGUGAAGAAAAUUGGAUUUUUGGGUAAAAUACGCUGUUAUGAUCGUUAGGACUUACUACCACUGGCUAAAUAGACGUUAUUUUACAUCUCCAUUUGUUUAACCUACUGAUUUCUCGUAUGUUCUUCUUGCUAUGACCAUCGGAAAUUGACUUAUCUAUCAGUUGCUGCUCUUUCAGAUGGCCCUUUCCGAAACACCACCGAAGACGAGCUGGACUUCCGGUUUGUGCGGUGGUUGACCAGAGAGAAGGUGGGGUUGAAGGGUGCGUGUGCGGUAAAUCUCAAAUUUUAGGGCCUCGCGACAAUCCCGCCAUCGGCAUUUUACUCGCCGGAGAACAAGAAAGGCAACGAUCACUUUAUAAGAUUGUGCUUUUUCAAGAAGGACGAGACUUUGGAUGCGGCUGUGAAGAUUCUCAAUCAAUUCAACAAGCCUUAG